UCAGUGUGCGAAAGUGAAAGGAUAUAUCACAUAUCGACUGUGCCCUGAGACACACAGGCCAGUUCUCGGCAGUGGCUGCUGGUGAUGGAGCUCUUUAAGGAAGCAGAGGAUUAUCUUAGGACCUGUGACAUCACACCUGUGACUGAGGAUGAUAUGGGGGAAUCUGACUUACUACAGGAUGUGUUCAGUGAGGAGACAGACUGGGUAUCUCACAGCCCUCUGCAAACUGAACCUCGCGAGCCAUCAACUCCAAUAUCCGAUAGCCCAGAUGAGCUGCUACAGAAGAGGAUGGUGGUUUUGAAAGGGCUUCUGACCAGUGAAGAGAUCUACCUGACAGAGUUAGAGACACUGCUCAUGCCCAUGAAAGCUCUGAAGGCAUCAGCAGGUACAUCGCAACCCGUGUUGUCCACCGAGCAGGUUCAGACAGUUUUCUACCAAGUUCCUGAGCUUAGAGACCUCCACAAGGAUUUCUACACUAGCCUUAAGACCAGACUGAAUAAUGAUACAGGGUCAGAUCAGGGGCAGAUGACUGAGAACGGCGGAGAAAUGCAGUUUUUCCAAGGGCACCUUCGGUUACCUGUAGGAGAUCUGUUUCUUAAAUUUGUUAACCAGUUAGGAGUUUACCGGGGCUUCAUUGAUAACUAUGAGAACGCACUGAGGAUUGUGCAGAAGGGUAUGCAGUCAGAUCAGCGCUUCAGGACACUAGCAGAGAGUAUGAUGUCAUCCAAAGGGUCAGACAAUGUCAAAACGAAAUACACAUUUGAAGCUCUCCUGUAUAAGCCGUUAGACAGAGUGAUGAAAACCACCCUCGUGUUGCAUGAACUGUGGAAUCACACGCCACCCGAUCACCAAGAUAGCGUCUCGCUGCAGGAAGCCCUUCGUCUCUCCAGCAGUUUCCUGUCGGGGGUCAAUGAAAGGUCCCAAUGUAAAAGAGCUGUCAUGCUCAGCAAAGGAGAGAGACGUCAACUGAUGCGUGAUGGGUUUGUGGUGGAUGUGUGUGAGAGUGGAUACAGCCUUAGACACCUCUUCUUGUACACGGACCUGCUUCUGUGUGUCAAACUUAUAAGUGCCGGGAGACAGGCACACUACAGGUUUUGCUGGUACCUGCCGUUGGUUAGCCUAAAACUGCAUUGGGCAUCUGAACAUCAGCCCUCAUCUGAAUGCCAAAUAAAAAUCAGCAAAACCAGAGCUAAAAUGUACCAGCUAAAACAAGCACUCCAGCAAAACAUGAAAGGUGGCAGGGGGUCAUUUUCAUGGGCAGUUGAACGAUUGAAGCGGAAGCUCGAAGACUGUGAACUAUGGCUUUUAACAAACACGCCGUCUUUUACUUUAGACCUUCACAGCAGCAGUGGAAAGAGUCAUACCAUUCGACUGUAUUCUUUAUAUGAGCUGGAUAAGUGGAAAGAGGCCAUUGAGAUACAAAGUGGAAAGAGUAUAGAGACGGUUCCUCCAGACCUUCUGUCUGUUACUAGUUCCUGUAUCAAACUCAGAAUGACUCAACAACCCCCCCUUCACUGCGUUCAGCCUAACGGGAGUGCACACAUGUGUGGGAGCAUAUAUGUGAUGGUUCAUUCGGCAUUUGGUCUAAAACAUCCAAGCAGUGCAUAUGUGUGUCUGGAGGUAGAUGGCUUUGAGUUUUAUGACAGGCGAAAACAAACCUGCCUUUCGGCGUUCACUGUGACACCGGUGUGGGAUGAGGAGCUGGUCUUUCAAGUGGAUGGAGCUCAGCAGCUGUUCCUGGUGUUUGUGUCUCAGUCUGAGAGUGACUCGGAGGACAACAUUUUGGGCAGAGCUGUGUUACAACUAAGCUCUGACAACAUGUUAAAGAAGUGGAAGAAACUUACUUGUUCUUUGGCGGAAAUUGAGGUAACCUUGUCAAUCAAGUACUUGCCCCACCCUCUUGAGCCUCCUAGCUCCACCCCUCUCAUACCGGAACCAGUGUUCUGCGUGCAGAUUGGACAAGUGGCAAAGCAAGAGGGUGUGUUGGUCCCUCACAUUGUCCGUUCCUGUGUGGAGGAGGUUGACAGGAGAGGACUGAAUGAAGAGGGCAUCUACAGAGUCUCAGGAGUUAGUAGAGAGAUACAAGACCUCAAGCAGGCAUUUAACACUAUUUGUCUCUCUCUUUGUGUAUUUAUGUGUUUAGAUUACCGUGAGGCUGUGAGUAAACUGAGGAGUGUAGAUAUAAAUGCAGUGUCAGGGACUCUGAAGCUGUACUUUAGAGAACUUCCUCUACCUCUUAUUCCCUCAGAUCAUUUUCAGGCCCUCUCAGCAGCACUGGACAUUGCUGACCCAUGUGUCAAGGCAAACCAUUUGCUGGCUCUUUUGCAGGCCUUACCAGAUGUAAAUCGCAAUACUUUCCUUUUCCUCUUACACCACUUGAGACGAGUUGCAGAGAGGCAGGAAACGAAUAAAAUGCCUUUGAGUAAUUUAGCCACAGUGUUUGGUCCCAGUCUCUUGCGCCCCCCAGUGGAUCGUGUAGACAUAUCGCAAGAAGUGGAGGUUCAGGUUCAAGUGAUAAAUCACUAUCUGCAGUGUCAGAACCUUCCAGAAGCUCUUCUUACUAAACCUCUGGACAUAGAUGAGCUAACAACAACAGAAUAGCAACCCGCGUCGGAUCACCAAAAUGUCUGAGACUGUAAAAGGCUAUGGAUUGAAAGAUGACCAAAACGACUUUAUUUGUAUAAUUUGCAUACAAAUUAGGUAAUUCGUUUAUCAAAUGUAAAUGUAUUUAUUUGUUUACGUUUCAUAUUCUCAGCCUAUGGUUGAUUGUUGGGACAGGGUUUGGGGAGUCAGCUGUGGAAAUGCAGCAGAGGGCAUAUUAAAGUCAUUUUUUUGGGGGGGUGCCCAAGCUUUUGCAUGGUGUUCCUUUUCCUUUUAUAUAUUAAAAUCAAACAAAAAUAAUACACCAAACUUGCUUUAAAUGUUACCUUGAUGGUUUUGGGGGAUAGUUUUAUCUUCUCUUUGUUCACAUGAGUGCCCCUAACUUUUGCAUGGCACUGUACAUUUGUAAAAACAUAUGUAUAAAUUUCAGGUUUCAAUGGCAUUAAAAUAAA